AUGCCGUCAGUAGACGAGCGCCACAUCCCUCUCAAUGUGAAGACCUAUCGCGAGGGCUUCCUGCGUCUCCAGGGAUGGAUUUGUGUUUCUGCGCUGUCCUUCUUCACCGGCGCGCUGCUGGUGAUGUACGAGCUUCUGCUAAUCAAUGUGGAGGACCAGGACUUCCGCGACAUGCUGUUUGACUACAGGGUGACGCAGCCUGGCAUCAUGUGA